AUGACACACCCUUUUCCUCGAUUGCCAACUAUGGGUCGUCGUCCUGCCCGCUGCUACCGCUACUGCAAGAACAAGCCGUACCCCAAGUCAAGGUACAACCGUGGUGUCCCCGAUCCCAAGAUUAGGAUCUUCGACCUGGGCCGCAAGCGUGCCAAUGUCGACGAGUUCCCCCUUCUGUGCCCACCUUCUGCCCGUAUCUGCGCCAACAAGUACGUGACCAAGACAUCUGGCAAAGAUUCGUUCCACCUGCGAGUCCGUGUCCACCCUUUCCACGUCCUCCGCAUCAACAAGAUGUUGUCCUGUGCUGGAGCCGAUCGUCUCCAAACGGGAAUGCGUGGUGCCUGGGGCAAGCCCUACGGCACUGUCGCCCGUGUCGACAUUGGCCAAGUCAUCAUGUCAAUUCGCUGCAAAGACUCCAACUCGGCUGUCAUCAUUGAGGCUCUUCGCCGUGCUCGUUACAAGUUCCCUGGCCGCCAGAAGAUCAUUGUUUCGAAGAAAUGGGGUUUCACCGCCGUUGAAAAGACCGAGUACCUCAAACUGAAGGAAGACAAGCGUGUGCUCCAGGAUGGUGCCUAUCUGCAGUUCAUCCGGCCCAAAGGCAACCUUGAGGCCAACCUCCGUGCUCAGCUCCGCGCGUAG